AUGUUGGACUUUGUUUACUAUGCCCAGUUGCAGUCAUACACAGAACAUAUGCUGAGCCACAUGCAAGCUGCACUCGCAUCAUUCCAUUCCAAUAAGGAAGUGUUCGUCGAGCUGGGAGUGCAUGAGCACUUUAACAUUCCAAAGAUCCAUUCAAUGAUCCACUACACUGAGUCUAUAUGUUUGUUUGGGACUGCAGAUAGAUUCAAUACUGAGCUACUAUCUCUCCAAGACUUGCCACUUUCCAAACACACCAAUUCAACACUUGAUUGA